AAAUGGCAGAACAGAUUGUCAACAAACUGUCUAAAGACAAUUUUAACGCAGACGAUUAUGUUUUGGAAAUAGCAUCUGGUGGAGAUGUGUAUCAAGAUCUUCAGGAACACAAACAAAGGGUUCUCAAUCUCAACGAUGACACGGCAGUCGCACUCAAGAAAAAUGUCUACCGCAACUACACCCAAUUCAUCGAAACGGCCAAAGAAAUCUCAUAUUUGGAAGGAGAGAUGUAUCAACUUAGUCACAUCCUGACUGAACAGAAGACUAUCAUGACUCAACUACUAGAUAUGUCUAUGGGAGGAAAAGAGGAUACAGGAAGAGAUAAGAAUGCUCCACAAGCCCCAGAGGAACAUAAAAGAACCAUAGCUUCUCUGCUUGAUAGAGUGGAAGGCUGCUCUAGAAUAGCUGAGGUACCAGGACGAUACAUCAUCUAUGAUGCUGAUCUGAUUGAGCUAGAUACCGAUUCAUUCCAAGAGAUCCAGAGGGUCCAUGCAUACCUCCUCAAUGAUAGCCUCGUCAUCACAACCUUCAUCAGAAACAGACGAGGACCAGUACGCUACAAGUAUCAAGCUCUGUUUGAAUUGGACAGUCUUGCUGUGGUUAACGUCAGAGAUGUAGGACCUGUCAAGAAUGCUUUCAAAGUUCUGAGAUUCCCUGACCAGCACAUGUACAGCACUGAGACUGCCAAAUCAAAGCGUGCAUGGCUUGAUAAACUAGAAGAAGCUAAGAGGAUCCAGGUAGCUGCAAACAGUCAGAGAAGAGAACUAGCUGAACAGAUGAGUAUUGAUAUACCAGAAGGAAAGAAUCAAGAAGAGGCCUUUGUAGAGGAUGAAAGCCUGUUUUUUCAAUCUGUUUCCAUGGAGACAAGUAUGCUUCAAGUUGAUUGGAUAUUGGAGCUCCCUGAGGAUCUAGAUAUGAGUAUUGCACAGAGGAACUUUGAGGAAUCAGUUGAUCUUAUUCUUAAAGCCAAUGAAUACUUGGAACAAGUACCUGUGGGACCAUCACUGAAGGAGAUGAGAGCUAGAGUUGACCAUCGAGUGAAGCAGCUGACCGAUACACUGACCAGAGAGCUUCAAGUGUCUCCUGAUCGGUCACUCCGAGGUGGACCGCAGGUCACCAGAAGGGCUGUAGUACAACUCAUAAGGCUUGGUAAAGCUACACAGGCAUGUGAUCUGUUCUUGAAGAAUCGGAGUGCAGCGAUCAAGCAGUCUCUGAGACAGCUCAGGAUAGAGGGCGCUACAAGUCUCUACGUCACCAAACUCUGUCAUGUCUUCUUCAAUCAUAUCAUAGAGACUGGUAAAGAGUUUAGGUUUACAUUCUCACAGAACCAGGGCUGCUAUUCAGCUUUUGUAGUGUGGGCGAAGGCAGAGCUUCGUACCUUUGUGAAUCUCUUCUCUCGUCAAGCCCUUGCUAAGCAGACUGCCUUGGUCACUGUUGCUGAGUGUGUCUGCAUCGCUCGGACGUCAUGCGCUCUCCUCUCAACCAUAGGACUGGACCUCCUCUUCGCUCUUAAUGGAUUAACGCUGAAAGGCAUCAGGGAGGUACUGCUCUAUAACAAGGAGCAGUUCAUUGAGGCCUCCAGACAUAGGAAUGUGGAGGAGCGCUGGUACCCCUUGAAUCUCAAGAACCCUAAUGCAGCAAACAAUCUGGUCAGGGACAUGCAGCAGCUUGGCUUUGACAGAUUCAACCAACUAGUCUAUGAUAGCUGCUUUGUGAGUCUUGCGAACAGUACCGUUGCAUUCACCAAAGUUGUCCUGGCUUUCGUGAAGGACGCAUUGAAACUCUACGUACCAGAGCUAUACCCCAACAUUGUAGAGGUGCUUGUGGAAGUCUUUGAUAACCACAUCCAGCUGGUAGAGGGCGCUGUCACUUCAGAUAGGUUCGAGGAAGAGAGGCAGUUCAUCCUCAAGAACGUAGAUUAUCUCUUCAAGACACUUCUACCUCUCAUCGAAAAGAAACUAACGGAGGUAGCAGGACGAAAGGUGAAGGAGCUUCAAGAUAUCCAGAAACGAAGCCAAGUCAUCUCAUCGCGAGUCAGAACACUUGGCGUGUUAAUCUAACUCGGCCAUCAAAUGUGGAUUAUGAACAGUGUUUAUAGAUUUAUGGGUCUGUUUUUGUGGCUUUUGUUUGGGGGGAGGGGGUAAAGUCAUCUCAUUGCGAGUCAGAACACUUGGCGUUUUAAUCUAACUCAGCCAUCAACUUUAGAUUGCAAUCAAUUUAAUAAUUAUAAAUCUGUAUUUGUUUGUCGGGAGGGGGGGGGGGGUGUAAAGUCAUCUCAUCACGACUUAGAACACUUGGCAUUUUACCGGUAAUCUAACUCAGCCAUCAAAUGUGGAUUAUGAACAGUUUUUAUAGCUUUAUGGGUCUGUAUUUGUGGAUUUUGUUUGGGAAUGGGGGGGGGGGGGGGG